UUGCAAAGCAUUGAAAAUUCUCUCCUUUUCCCAUCUCUCAGCAGUGCAUUCCACAACUCUCAUUCAGAGAAAGAAGAAAUGAAAAGUUUGCAACUUCUCUCAUUUUUGUUGCUUUCUUGUAUCAUCACCCCAGCCAAUACACAUGGAGGAAAGAAAAAAGAGGCGCUGGGAUCACAGAGUCAGCACACCAGAGCAAAGAAAGAUCAGCAAAACUCAGAAACCAAAUUUCGACUCUAUACAGAUAAAACCGAAGAAAGCUGUCAAAUUUUUUGGAAUCAGUUGGAGACUCUUGACAAAUGUGGUUUCAAUGCCUCUCUUCCUCUGGUGAUGAUAGUCCAUGGCUGGUCGGUGGAUGGGAUCUUAGAAAGCUGGAUUUGGAAAAUGGCAGCAGCUCUCAAAUCUCAGCAUAAACAAAUGAACGUGAUCAUUGCAGACUGGCUCACAUCUGCUCACCAGCACUAUCCCAUUGCUGUACAGAACACACGCUACAUAGGGCAGGAGAUCGCAGACUUCCUGGAAUGGCUGGAGGAAUCCAUUCAAUUUUCCAGAAGCAAUGCUCAUUUAAUUGGGUACAGCCUUGGAGCUCAUGUUUCAGGAUUUGCUGGAAGUUAUAUCAGUGGUACGAACAAGAUUGGAAGAAUUACAGGCCUUGACCCCGCUGGUCCCUUGUUUGAAGGAAUGUCACCAACAGACCGGUUAUCUCCAGAUGAUGCAAACUUUGUAGACGCAAUUCAUACAUUCACUAAACAGCACAUGGGUCUCAGUGUUGGCAUCAAGCAGCCCGUGGCUCAUUUCGACUUUUAUCCCAAUGGAGGCACCUUUCAGCCUGGCUGUCACAUCAUGCAUGUGUAUAACCACAUCGCACAAUAUGGAAUCACUGGCAUCACUCAAACUGUGAAAUGUGCCCACGAGAGGUCAGUUCAUUUGUUCAUCGACUCUCUGCUUCACAAUGAUAAGCAAAGCACAGCAUACUGGUGCAACGACAUCAACACUUUUGAAAAAGGAAUGUGCCUCAGCUGUAGAAAGAACCGCUGCAACACACUGGGCUACAACAUCAGAGAGGAAAGGCUACCAAAAAGCAGACGACUCUUUUUGAAAACAAGAGCACAUAUGCCUUUCAAAGUCUACCACUAUCAGUUCAAGAUCCACUUCAUCAACGAAAUCCAAGGCAAGCAGAUAGACCCAACUUUUACCAUCUCUCUGACAGGGAGUAAGGAGGAUGCUAAAAACCUGCCCAUCACAGUAGUUGAAGGUAUUAAUGGGAAUAAAACCUACUCUUUUCUCAUCACCCUGGACACUGAUAUUGGUGACCUAAUAAUGAUCAAGUUAAAAUGGGAAGCAACUGCUGUUUGGGAAAAUAUCUGGGACACAGUUCAAACCAUAAUACCAUGGACAAAAGGCACUCGUCGACCAGGACUUAUAGUGAAGACAAUAAGAGUGAAGGCAGGGGAAACACAGCAAAAAAUGACAUUUUGUUCUCAAAGCAUCAACAACCUUCACCUUCAUCCAGCCCAAGAGAAAACAUUUGUGAGGUGUGAAGAUCGCUUUCAGAGACAAAACAGCAAGUAGCAAGAACACAGAAAACAACCACUCACCGAAACAUCUACCAAAUCAUAUACAGCUAGUGAAAUGUUUUAAAAGUACACAGCUACAAUAAAUUUAAAUAUCCUGAUUGUUUCACAGGUGGUGAAGAAAAUACAUUAAAAAAAUUUAGAUUUUGUGAUGCAAUGGUAAGCUGAAAUAUGUGGUUUGUUCAUCUAUGAAUCUACCCCCAAAUUGAUCAAUGAGCAGUUUCACCAACAGCAACUGUUAAUUUUAAAUUGCUGCUCACUAAAAAUGAAAAGGAUUAGUAUUCGCAAGAAUAAUGGCCAUAAGCCUUUGAAAAAAUGUAAUUUUGUUGGAUUUAAGGGAAAAAAAGGAGCCUUGUUUCCCAUUAAAUACUUUGAAACAUUAGUCGCGACUACUACCAGUUAAACCUUUCCUAAUUAUUUCCUAAUGAAGUGGGAGUUAAAUAACCAGUAGAAGAUUCCCCAAACAGGUAACAUUGUUAACAAAGAGUUUGAAGUUUUCACUCUAACAUUGAAAACCAAAAAACAUCUCAACAUACAGAAUGCUUGAACUAUCUGAAUAACCACAUGACAAGCCAAAUAACUACGUCACCUAAAAAUGCCCUACUAAACUUUGUCCUAUCGGAAAAUGCUUUGCUGAUUAACUACUUUAAAGUACUGAUUUAAAUUACUAGCAAUCUAAUUAUUUUAAUAAUGCUUAGUAUACUACACGCAGUUCUAGCACAACUAAGUUCAGAUAACUUUUCCAUUAAAAUCACAUUUACCUGCUCAAUUAAGGCCUGAUUUUUUUAGAUUUUUAAAUCACUAUAUAGCAGAUCUUAGCAUGAUUUGAAACCGCACGAAUAAAUGGAACUGCUAACUCUCAGACAUCUUCAGUGCAUAUAAACAAACAUAAAUUCAAACAUAUAAAGCUCUCUUGUUUCUUAUGUCAGAAUAUAAACUACAUAAAGAAACAUUAUUGUCUUAGAUUACUUUUAUUUUAUGGUUACUGCAUACUGAAAUAGAAAUCAAUAUGUAUGUCAGAUUAUUUCAUUUGUCGAUUCAUAAUGCUAAGCACAAGAUUCAUUAAAAAUGACGUUUCUACAA